CAAUCAAUAUUAAGCACAAUCAAGUAGUGUAAAAUCAUAUUUCUUGGAGCAGCAAAAAUUUCAAAAUGGAAGGCAGGCAGAUUUUGGGAUUGGCUUUGAUCUUUUGCAUCACCGUUAUCACACCAGUAUAUUGCCAAUACUACUCUGAAACUCUUCCAUUCAAACCCAUGGAGGAACAAGUUAGUUAUCUCCGUUUCUUCUUCCACCACACACUUAGUGGCAAAAACCCUACUGCUGUCCUGAUAGCCCGUCCUAACAUCACCAACGGCGGCGAGCCUCGAACCCCAUUUGGCUAUUUGUACGCUGUUGAUGAUAUUCUAACAACUGGUCGUGAACCUACAUCAGAGGUUAUUGGAAAUGCACAAGGGAUGUAUGUAUCAUCCGGUAAAGAUGACUUGUCACUGGUGGUAUACCUUGAUUUUGCUAUCACGAAAGGUCAGUUUAAUGGAAGUUCUUUCAGUGUGUUUUCAAGAAAUCCAGUGUUGGAUAUAGAACGCGAGCUUGCUGUUGUUGGAGGGAGAGGACAGUUCCGUUUGGCUAGAGGAUUUUGCCAUCUCAAGACAAUUUCUGUUAAUGGAACUUCAGGUAAUGCUAUAUUGUUGAGUACCAUGUAACUCUAAUUCAUUCCUAGUCAGGCUGUUGAUUUAGGAGACAGUGCUUGUAAUAAAAUUAUCGUCGAAUGAUCAUCACAAUAUGGUAUGUAAGAAUACUCUUCGGCAGCAAAUGAAGUAUUAGAGAUUCUACG